AUGGCUCAAAAAGAAAAACGCUCAAUUUGGUUGGUUCGCCAUGGGGAACGUGUCGAUAAUGUAGACAAAAAAUGGAAAGAGAAGAAUCCAAACAAAUGGGAUGAUCCAGAACUAACGUAAGUUUAGAACCUCAGAAUCUGAAAAAAGAAUCUGACAGAGAAGUGAAUUUCAGAGUUCGCGGAAAAAAACAAGCUUUCGAAGUUGGUCGCUCAUUCCACAAUAUAAAUAUUGAGCGUAUUAUUUGUUCUCCUUUUAUUCGAUGUGUUGAAACUGCUGUCGAAAUUGUAGCAAUGAUGGAAAACAAACCAAAAAUUUGCAUUGAGCCUGGAUUUAUGGAGCCACUUAAUGCUUGCAUGGAUCCACCAUCAAUUCCAAGUAUGGAAACUAUCAAGUGAGAUCUUAACUUGAGUUAGUUUAAUUCUGAUUACUCAUGUUUUUGUAGAGCCUUGUCAACUCGUAUCGAUGAAGAAUACAAGCCAGUUUAUGAUAAGAUUCCUCAAGAAGUUGGAGAUCUUGGAUGUGGAGAACGUGUUGUGAAAACAUUGAAAGGUGUUACCGAAAAGUUUCCAGAGGGACAUCUUAUCAUUAUUUCUCACGGUGUUCCAAUCGCGAAUCUUCAUGUUUAUUUGAAAGGACCAUGGAAAUAUGUUGGACAGGGAACUCUUUGUGAGUUGAAACUGUAUUUCCAGGUUUCAAUUCCUUGUUUUUUCAGCAAAGAUCAAUGACAACUACGGCAAUUUUGUUCUCGAAUACUACAACAAGAAAACUCAUUUAUCGCAACCAAGUGAUUUGCACGACGACGAGAGAAUGUUCCCAAAAACUUGA